UUCUGCUUUGCCCUUUGAAACCUUGUGACUGGAGCCAUUACGUGCAGCCAACUCCUCUCCUUAUCAGCAGCUUGCUGCUGUUGCAUGAUAGUGACAGCUUCUAGGGAAAAAGAAUGGAGCCUGUUCGUUCUUCUCACAAGGAAGAUGCUUUUCCUGGGUAAUUCUCUCACAGCUUUACUCAAGCUUUUUUCAGUGUGACAGGCAGAUCGAAUUCUUUGUCCUGGAAGAGAUGUUAGGAGGUUGUGAUGGUUUGCAGUUGAUCUUGUCCUGCCCAUGCUCUCUGAUGUUUUUCUGUAUGCUUUUCCAGCUUUUUAAAAAAUUAGGUAGAAUUUUUUCAGUGUUGGCAAAUGUGAACAGACUUGUCCUUGCUGCUACUGAGAUGCAGUGGUGUUUCAGAGAAAGAGAAUGGAGCAAAAUUAUUAACAGAAAAUCAUUCUUAACAGUGUCAGUUCCGAGAAGUGAGAAGCUGGAAGGAAGAGAUGGCUCUUCUAGAGAUAAGUCUGGAAUGUGAAGGUUGUUUGCUGGAACCUCUACUAGAACUAGGAUUUUUUUUGUCACAGAUUUUGCCAUCUCAGCGCAAAGUUGAUUCUUCCAGGUCUGCGUGUGUUUUUUUAAUGUGAUGUCUCUUGUGCAGCACAGCAUAGAGCAGUCGCAAAAGAAAAAUCCCAGCUCAGCAAGUAUCUGUGAACGUGGAUGAAUCAAAGGGAGGGUCUGUCAGCUGAGGGUGGGAUGGUCCCCUUACCCCUCAGAAGACCUGGGAAGAGCCACAGCCUCUGAAGGGAAAGAAGAAUCUGUGGCUGGCAGUCUCGAGCACUUUGUGGGGAAGGUGCUCCUGAACUCUAAAAGCUCAACAGAUGACACAGGGCUCUGCUGAUUCUUUCCGACUUGUGAGUCACUCAGAACCUCGCCGGGAAAAUACCUUCUGAGUCCUGUCAUGGAGGCUGUCAGUUUGCCAGCCAAGGCUAAAGUCAAACAGGGAGAAUUGUUUUGAGAUAAACCCUAGAUUAACUGUAGCACACGGACUGCUGGAGUGCUGUCUCUGGCAAUGUGCAUCUUUAUGAUGCUGACUGAUGGAAGUGGGUGGUUUUUUUUUUUUUUUGAACCUGUGUGUGGUCUGUGGCCACUUUGAGUGGCAGGAGAGAUGACAGGACCUUGUGUUUGUAUUCACCCUUGUAGCUAAUCAGGUGCCUUACCGGUGAGGGCUGCUGCUUUAGGGUGGGAGGAAGAGAGGAUUUGCACAAGGUGAUACGUUGAAUCAGGCUUAGUAAGGUAAAUCAGGUCAAAACUCCAGUAUAUACUAGCUCUGAUCUAAAGUGCUGUGUGCCGGGGUCUACUCAAGCUUCCAAGGUGAUGGUAGAACCAACAGAAGGAUAAAUUGCCCCCGGCAUGGGUAUGAAGCACAUGGAGUUUUAUGGAUGGCAGAGCAGAGUUUCCCUUGAGCUUCUGGAGGCAGAGUUAAUCAUAGCAGAGUAGGGCCUGGGGGACGGACAGAUGGCAGAAAAGAUGUGAAUGUUCUCUCAGGAAAGGCAGGAUGAAAAAGUUUCAUCAGGGGAAUGGGAAGUUCUGCCUUGUCAUCUUUCUGAGGGGAGGCAGAGGUGUAGGGUAGGGCAGGCAAAAGGCCUGAGCUCCGUGACUUCUGAUUGCGACCAUAGCGCUCUGCUGCCUGCAGGUUUGACCUUAGGAAACCCAUCAGAUAGGACUGCGUCUGGCUCUGGGUUUGUAAACUAUCAGGGAUGAUGCUGAUCUGUGUCCGAGAAGGGCGAUGCGAUUGAGACUGGUGGAUGGAAAGAAACUGGAGGAGUUUAUGCUAACAGGGUUUUAGGCGCUGUCUUUUCCCAGUCUGACUGUCGUGCUCAAGAUCAGAAUCGUUCUGAUGUCUUGCAGAGGGUUAGAAGAAAAAUGCUGAAUCUUGGCUUUUGCCAGUGUUGGUUUUGGAAGUUAAAAGAGUCUGUACAGUCCCCUUGGGUAAAAGUACAUGAGGCUCUCCCUGCUCCCAGACUGCAGCGUUGGUAACAGCAGCAGGUUUUAGAGGAAAGGCAGGAUGUUCCAGUCUGCGAUGGGAUUCUCUGUGUCUGACAACAUCACACAUUCGACUGCCCUGGUGACAGCACUGGGUAACGUGACCGCUUUGACCCCGACAACAACGCAGGCGGUCAAUGACACCAACAUCACUGUGCCACACAAGUGCCUCUUGCUGCUCUAUGAGGACAUUGGGAAGUCCAGAGUCCGCUACUGGGAUCUUCUGCUCCUGGUUCCCAAUGUGCUUUUCUUUAUGUUUCUUCUAUGGAAGCUGCCCUCUGCCAGGGCCAAAAUCCGGGUGACUUCCAGCCCAAUCUUCACUACAUUCUACAUACUAGUAUUUGUGGUGGCUUUAGUUGGUAUUGCCCGUGCUGUUGUCUCCAUGACUGUGAGUGCCUCUGAUGCUGCCACAGUUGCUGAUAAGAUCCUGUGGGAGAUCACAAGGUUCUUCCUUCUGGCGAUUGAACUGAGUGUGGUGAUUCUAGGCCUUGCCUUUGGUCACCUGGAGAGCAAGUCGAGCGUGAAACGUGUUCUGGCAAUCACUACAGUGCUGUCUCUGGCCUAUUCUGUCACCCAGGGCACCCUGGAAAUCCUGUACCCUGAUGCCCACCUCUCAGCGGAAGACUUCAACAUCUAUGGCCAUGGAGGGAGACACUUCUGGCUUGCCAGCUCCUGUUUCUUCUUUCUGGUCUAUUCCUUGGUGGUGAUUCUUCCAAAAACUCCUCUGAAAGACCGGAUUUCUCUGCCCUCCAGGAAGAGUUUUUAUGUUUAUGCUGGGAUCCUGGCGCUGCUGAACCUGGUGCAGGGCCUGGGCAGUGCCCUCCUCUGUGUGGAUAUCAUAGAAGGACUGUGCUGUGUUGACGCCACCACCUUCCUUUACUUCAGCUUCUUUGCACCUCUCAUCUAUGUGGCGUUCCUGAAAGGCUUCUUUGGGUCUGAACCGAAGAUCCUUUUCUCCUACAAAUGUCAGGUGGAUGAGCCUGAGGAUGUGGAUGUGCACCUGCCCCACCCUUAUGCUGUUGCCAAGAAGGAAGGAAUGGAUUCUGGGUUCUACUCCAGCACUCAGAUUGACACCACAGCCUACCUGGACGACGUGGCCUCUAUGCCGUAUCACGUGGGCAGCAUCAACAGCAUAGACAGUGACCGCUGGAAAGCCAUCAAUGCCUAGGGCAGAGCUGCCCGCUCCACACGAUGCCUCGUUCCUUUCCUUCCAAACUCCCCGGUACCACAGCUCUUAGGAUGCCUGUUGGAAAUCUGCCCUUGGCUAUCUGCCAUGGCUCUCUUCUCUUCCUUAGGA